UUUCACGAGGGCGGGCUACUCAAAGCGAAUAUGUAAAUUGUUGGUGGAAAAGUUAUUAUCAAUACUCAGUGGCUCGCCAGGCUCGUAAUGAAUAACGCUAUACCAGUACUGUAGCGCUUGACAAGUUACGUAUGGCUCAUCCGACCUUUCCGUUGAUAUCUCCGUAACAGUGUGACUAUAUUACGUAUGUGUGUAUACCUAUACAAAACGUCAUCUCUCUGUAUAUCAUCUCUUAUGUAAAUUUGCCGUGUGAUACUGUAUGGUUUGAAAACUUAUUUAUUUUAUCAUUUGCAGUCAUCUUGAAUAUCUAGUGACGCUGCGCGCGGUCUGUGCACGUGUGUUACUGCUAACAUUCGACCCUUUAGGCUACAGAGGUUUCAUGGAAUUUACGAGAUCUUUAGAUUAAGUUCACGGAUUACAAGUGGGAAUAACUGCUCAUCUCUUCAACAAGUUUCCAUAUCGAACGUGAAAAACAAGGAACGUUUUUAUUUUACUUUCUUUUUGAUAUCUUAUCUUCAUCGGCCCCACUGCUUAUUGUCCAUAUACACAAGAGAAAAAUAUAUUUGUUUUCAAUAAAUCUUAACUUUAACUGGAACGAAUGGAGCAUAAAUGGUGUCUACAUCAGGAAUGAUAAUCAUCGUCAUCAAGAUGCUUGAAAUCGUGAUCUUCUUUUUGGGAUUUUUGUGUUCAGAAUGCAGCGCCGCGCAGCCCAUUCCCGAUCAAAAAGAUAUUUUUGCCACGGAACCUAGCUUCGAUGUGCCUGUAGUCAACAUCACAGUGGUGGAAGGGAAGACUGCUAUUUUACCAUGUUCUGUGGAACAUCUAGGCAGCCAUAAGGUAGUGUGGACUGACCAGUGGUCAACGCUUCUGACGUUUGAAAUCCAAAGAAUUAUUGACGACGAUCGGAUAAGUGUGGAGCGGCCGUACACCAAGGACUGGAACUUACUAAUCCAUGAAGUCCGGUACUCCGACCGGGGCCGAUACACGUGUCAGAUCAAUACGGACCCUAUCAAAACCAAAAAUGUUGUGCUAUACGUCCUCGUGCCCCCACGGAUAGUCGAUGAUGCAUCAACGCGUGAAGUGGUGGCCAGGGAAGGUGAUACUGUUACUCUUGUGUGUAAUGUAACGGGAGUGCCACCUCCAACAGUGCAUUGGUACCGCCGACCUCUUGGUCAGAGUCUCGGAGUCAAAGAACGACUGGAAGGACGAGGGCGCUCUUCCAUAGGACCAUGCACUUACAAUCGUUCAGGUGUGGGUAUGAAUGGCGAGAUCCUGAUAAUUUACAACGUCUCGCGAUACUGCGACGGUAUCUACGAGUGUAUGGCCUUCAAUGAUGUCUCGCCAGCUGUCAACAGAGAAAUCCCAGUAGAGGUUGAAUUUGCACCUGAAAUAGAGCUUCCAAACAAACGGAUAGGACAGGAACCAGGACGAGAGACGAUGCUGGAAUGUAUAAUCACGGCUUUCCCACAAGCUCUUAGCGUGUGGAAGAGACACGGGAAGGAAAUAAAGGACACUCACAAACACAGGCUAGAGGUGUACAACGAGGGCGAUCAUCGCAUCACACUCAGUCUCAGAAUCAUGGACAUUACCACGUCUGAUUACGGAAACUACUCGUGUUUUGCUUCCAAUAAAUUAGGACACGAUAUGGAAAAUAUGUAUAUGUAUGAUCACAGAAAGGCUCAAGUAACAACAACUCGCUAUCCUAAAACGACACCACGAAUGGUCACAACCAGAGGGUCUUACGACUACAAACCCGGCCACAACAAUGGCGGCACGGUCAUAGAUACACAGGAACCUAACCCAUCCCGAGCAGCUGGUAAUGAUAAAGACACUAUACUAGCCGACAGCCCAUGGAAUAGUGGAAUAACAUGUACAGGCAGUCUAAUAGUUAUUUGCGAAGGACCACAACAAGGUAGAUCGAUGGGGAAUCGCGCCGUAAAGUCCAUCGAGUAUUCAUCCUUCCCUGUGCUUCUGUGUUGUACAAUACUAUUGAACAGAAUUGUGAGAACAUCUUAGCAGGAUGCCCCCGAAAUAAAUUGAUUAAAACCUCAUAAAACCAGAAGACUCUCACUACUUGCGAUGUUCAAACGGAUGUAUCUACUGCAUCGAUGAACACGAUAUCAACCUAUGAUUUCCUCGAUAGAUAACACUUUAUGGAAAUAGUAGAUACAUACUGGCUUGAGGAAGCAGAUUAUAACCUUCCAUAUAUAUCAAGAGACUAUAGCAGGAAAUCUGUGAAAUAGACACUUUAACAUACACAUGACACAGGUCAGGUUUGAGAAUUAUGGCUGUAUGUUUAAUAUAUAAAACGACACCUGAUCAAGAGUACGGUAUG